GGUUAGUACCGCGCCAGACGUCGCCGCGACCGCGUUGACGUUUCGUGCCCGUUUCCCGCGCUUAAUUAAAUUCGAGUGUCAGUGUUGUGUCAAAUUGCCGUUCGAUUUUUGAAAAGUGUUUUUUUUAUCGUGCGAGAAUAAAAAGCUUGAACAUACUGGAUAAAAUAUCACAAUGAGAACCGAGUGAGCCAGUGGUUGUGUAGGAUGCGGUGGCGCGCGUGACUGUCGGCCGGAUGCGGAGAGCGAGCGUCUACAGCGUCAGUGAAGGCGUGGAGCGUUGCGCCUGCACGAGGUAGCGCGGGCGCGGGUGCGGGUGCGACGGCAGCCAUGGCCGGCUGAUGGAUGGCUGGUGGUCACCGUCGCCGACCGCGUCCCCGCCGCCGCCGCCCCGCGCCCCGCGCUGCCGCUGCCGCCGACCCAUCUCCACCAGCUACAACUGCCUACCUCACUAUGAUGGCUGGGGCGACAUGGAGGAGGACUCAACAGGCGGCGCGCUGCGAGAACGCGAGUUGCGGUCGCUGCACCGCACCGUGCCCGCGUUGCGCCGCCGGGAGCUCGACACCAGGCCCAUCAAGCACCACUACUACCCCGAGGGGGGGUGGGGGUGGAUCGUAUGCGGAGCGGCGUUUCUGGCGCACCUGGUGUCGACGGGGUUACAGCUGGCGUACGGCGCGCUGCACGUGUACGCGCUGCGCCACCUGGGCCAGGCCGCCGACCAUGCCGUGUGGGCGGGCGCUCUCUGCUUGGGCGUAUCCCGGGCGGCGGGCGCGCUGGUGUCGGCGCGUCGUUCCCCGCGGCUGGCGGCGCUGCUGGGCGGCUUGCUGCUGCCGCUCGCCUGCCUCUUCACGUCCUUCGCCACGCAGCUGCACCAGACGCUGCUGAGCUACGGUGUAGUGCUCGGCGUGGGGUGUGGGCUGGUGCGGGAGGCAGCGGGGUUGGUGCUGGGCACGUACUUCCGCAAACGCCGGCAGUUCGUGGAGCUGGUCGCGCACGCUGGCGGCGGCGUCGGCAUCGCGCUCUUCAGCGUCGCUUAUAAGGAAGCUGUUGGGAAACUAGGCUGGAGGCUGGGACUACAAGCCAUAACUGGGAUCCUGGUGCUAGCGUUUUUUCUAAGCGCAGUAUAUCGAAGUGCUUCCCUCUACCACCCUCAAAGAAGAGCAAUUUUACAUCUUAAGAAUCAACGUCGUAAGGUUAAAGAAAAGAAGGGUAUGCGGUCUUCCCCUCUAGUGGACCUUAGUCCGGUACGCUCGCGUCCUGCCAGAGUGCUGCUCUGCGCGGCGGGCGUCGCGGCCUUUGGGCUGUAUACGCCAGUGUUUUUUCUGGCUCUCCAAGGUUUCCACGAAGGUCUAGAGGAAAGUGCCCUGGUGCUGCUGCAGACGUUCCUGGGCUUCGCCGUGGUGCUGGGCUGUGCUGGCUUCGGACUGGUGCUGGUACGGCCCUCGGCACAGUGCCUCGUAUCCAAGCAGUACCUGUGCCAGACGGCCAUGUUGGGAAUAGGUAUAUCGAUGCUGGCGCUGAGCAGCGUGGAGGGGUACCACGGCUACGUGCUGUUCGCGUGGAUGUACGGGCUGUGCCUGGGCGGGUUCCUCUACUCCAUCAAGAUGCUCACCAUGGAGCGGGUGCGGGGGCGACACUUCACCAAAGUUUGGAGUUUCGUUCAGGGCGCCGAGGCGAUCCCCGCGAUCGUCGGGGUUCCCGUGACGGGGUACAUAAACCAGCAGGUUCCGCGCGCCGGCUUCUACUUCUCGUCGGCGGCGACGCUGACGGGGGCGCUGCUGCUGUUCUUCGUGGGGUUCUCGAAGCGUGAGCCGGAACCGCCAAUGACGGUGCCGGCGCCGGCGAUCUCGGAGCCGUGUCUGUGCGUGACGCCGCCGCGCUGCGAGCCGGCGUGGUGCGCGUGCGGCGCGGGCGGCGCGACGGCGUACUGCGCCUGGCCGCGCCCGUGCAGCGUGCGCCUCCACAAGUCGCUGUCGUACGCGGCGCCGCUGGACCGGCCGUGCUGCGCCGCGCCGCCCUGCCCCGAGUGCUGCCGGCGGGCGGCGCCGCUACGGCCCACUCGCAGCGUGCCGGAGGGCCUGGCGCGCCGCAGCAGUAUGUACAGCCGGGCCGGGGGCUCCUGCCGGAUGCCCUGCCACCGCCGGGAACACCACCUCGUGGAGCAGAUCACGACCUCCGUAUGAUGUUUGGCGCGCUCGGUCGCUGGACGUUCCAAGCGACGCUGCUGCACUGCCAGUGAGUUCAUUUUCCUACACAUUUUAAUAAUAUUUACACUAUUAGGAUGGAAUAUACCUGUCUCUUUAUACCGAUUCGGAACCCAUGUACCUCACAAACUAAGUAUUCCGAAAAUAAAAUUUGUUAUAUUAUGUAUAGUAUUGAAACCGACGCGAACUUAGAGGAUAUAAAUUAAGAUAUUAUAUAAUAUUAAUAUAUGAUUUAAUAGAUUCUAUUAAAGUGGAUGUAAAAUAGAAAAAACAUUAUACUAAUAAAGUGUAACUAAAAUUACUUCCUAGCGUUUUAGACCUAGCAAUAAAUUUGAACUAUUCUAAAGUACUGUACAUACUGUGUAAUUUUUAAAAUCCUCUAAUUCUUCGAAUACUUGUGGGACCUUCCGUAGCGUUAGUUGUUUUUAACGACGAAAAUCUUUUCUCUUACCUUUCUGUACUUCUAAAUUUCUCUUAUUAUGUAGUAGUACAUAAUAGAUAGUAUAAUAUUGUCAUAGAAUCCCUAUAGUACUAGAGAACGUUCACUAAGUCAAUUUUAGAGUAUAAUAUUUUGUUGUAAAGGUGACGUACACAUGGGAAGAUAAAAAU